AUGGAGUGGCUCAGUCUAUGGAAGAUCCUAAGCGCACUCUUCAAUAUGAUACUCGACGUGACUCAAUUCUGGAGAGAUAAACUGCUAUCAUGGUGGCACUCCAAAUCCCCCCGAGACCGGCUCUUCCACACAUUAUCCAACGCGCAAAGCUACGAAGAAUGGGAAGAAGCCGCCUUCGAGCUCGACGAGCUCCUCAGCAAAGACCUCUGGCGCCAGAACCCCGUCAGUCGGCACUACGAUUAUAGACUAAUCCUCGGAAGACUAGAAGCGCUGAUGAGCGCACGGGAAUGCGAAGACAUCCUCACGCUAGUGAACCUACUACGCUCAGGACUCGUCCGGAACCUGGGAAAUAUCACAUCGACGAAAUUGUUCACUCAUGCGUAUGCAGGGACGAAAUUGCUGAUCGAUGAUUACAUCACACAGGUUGCGCUUUCGAUACAGUAUGUAACGGGAGUGCAGCCUACGCAUGCGAGUGGGUUUACGUCACAGGCGAAACUUGAGUUACUGCACGAUACGCGACAGGCGUUUGGGCGGACGACGCUAUUACUUCAGGGUGGAUCUGCGUUUGGUCUUUGUCAUCUGGGUGUUGUGAAGGCUUUGCAUUUGCAGGGGUUGUUGCCGCGGAUUGUGACUGGGACUGCCACGGGGGCGUUGAUUGCUGCGCUUGUGGGGAUUCAUUCUGAGGAUGAGUUGUUGCCGUUGCUUGAUGGGGAGGGGAUUGAUCUUUCUGCGUUUGAGCGGAGGAAGAAGGUUAAUGGGGCGGAGGGGAAUUCGGAUUCUUCAUGGUUGGGGACGUUUUAUCGUCGUAUGAGACGGUUGUUUAAGAAAGGGUAUUUGUUUGAUGUUGCUGUUUUGGAAGAAUGUGUUAGGGCGAAUGUUGGGGAUUUGACCUUUGAGGAGGCUUAUGCGCGCUCGAAGCGUAUUUUGAAUAUCACCGUUGCGACGACGGGGAAGAACGGGACGCCGAACCUGUUGAAUUAUCUCACGGCACCGAAUGUGCUUAUUUGGUCUGCUGCUGUGGCAUCCAACGCAUCGUCCCCUGCCGCUCUUUAUUCCCCCGUCACUAUCUACUGCAAAGAUGAAACAGGGUCGAUAGUCCCUUGGCCACAUACGCAAGAUGCCAUCUUCCGUCCUUGGCGACAAGUCAACUACAAUGACGGCGAAUCGCCUCUUUCCCGCAUCUCAGAGCUCUUCAAUGUGAACCACUUCAUCGUCUCACAAGCCCGGCCAUACCUUGUCCCAUUCUUGCGCUCAGAGCUCAACCUCUUAGAUAGGCGACAGACAGGCUGGAACAACCUUUCUCGUUCAGCAAUGCGGCUUAUCAUCGUGGAAAUCCGUCAUCGAUUCCGGCAACUGGACUACUUGGGCCUACUCCCUUCACCGCUGAACAGGCUUCUCAUCGACGAAACGAUCCCGGGCCCCAACCUGACGCUCGUCCCGGAUCUAAGCUUCUGGGAUAUCCGAAAAUUGUUCCAGAGCCCGACGAGAGAGCGCGUUGCAGAGUGGUCGCUUAAAGGGGAGCGUGGGGUGUGGCCCGCCGUGAGCGCGUUGAAAGUUAGAGAGGCUGUGGAAAUUGAGCUGGAUCGGGGAUAUCAACUUGUGCGGAGGCGGAGGCCUAGUGAUGCCUCGGUACCUGUGCCUAAACAACCUAAUCUUAUGAAUGAGGGGGUUCCUCGGAGGAGGAAGGGGAGUGAUAAUGAGGAGGGGAUUCUUGCUGAUCGGGAAUGA